AUGGCUGCUUCUCAGCAGUUUCCCACAUAUAACGAACAAUCGUUUCCUCCCACGGAAGAAAAUAUGGCCACUGUCAGUAGUUCCACACCACGCUCUCCCCAUAAGUUGGUGGAGCAAGUUAUCCGAACUCCUGGUCGACAACCUUCACCACAACCAACACAUUUCAACGUUCCCCAUAGGAAUGGCAACGGAAAUGGACACCGCGUUUUACGUUCCGCCACUGUUGGAUAUGUUGCUCCUGAGUUCAAAGGCAGGACAGAGCAAAUGAGCAAAGUAAGGGAACAGAUCAAGGCAAUGAAAUGGAUACCAGAGGAGUUGAUUGAUGCACAAUUGGAGUGGUUCUACAAUGAGCUUGGAAUUGAUGACGUCUACUUCCAGACUGAGAGCGUUGAUGCCGUCGUCAGCAACAUCACUUCGCUUUAUGCUGCAAAGGUUGCUGCAUUUGCUCGGGAAGACAAACGUCAAGAGAUCCGAUUGGACAUGGAGUCUUCUGAUCACGCCAUAUAUAUUGACACCAGCGAGCCCGGUAUUAGUGCAAUUGGUGGUCCACGAUAUGAGCACAGACUAGAAGCCAAAUACUUGGAUACAUCCUCGAACCAGAGCUUUCGCGUCGAAAGUUUCCGCUCUACAAGCAAUUUGUACAGUGGUCCUACUCCAACAAAGUCUUCGAUACGUUGUUACUUCGUGUAUCAAUCCCAAUUCGUUGACUCCAAUCCAUCGCCCAGCGAAACUCGCUUAGAAGUUAUCAGCGACCGAAUGUUCCUUGCGAAAUCUACCAAGAACACCAAGCAGAUUUAUCAAGAGAUUAUUGAACUUGCUGUCUCUCGUACUGGACCAGUCAUUGAAGUCUUUGAUAUUGAAGAUUCAAACGAAAAGAGGUUGGUUGUGGCCUUUAGGCGCAGAACAGCCUUGGGAUUGUUCAGUGCUCUGAGUGAUCUCUACCAUUCGUACGGAGUGACAAGCUCGAGAAAAUAUGUUGAGCAGUUCAGCAAUGGCAUCACUGUGAUGAGUUUAUAUCUCAAACCUGCAAGCAACUUAUCGGGGAACUUCCCAACGCUUGAGCAGUCCAUUCAUCAAAUCACCAAGGAGAUUUCCCUGCUUUAUUGCAUACCACAAAACAAAUUCCAAGCAUUGUUUGCCAGUGGACGCUUAAGUCUCCAAGAGACAAUCUAUGGUCAUUGUGUUUGGGUUUUCGUUCAGCACUUCCUCAAUCGCUUGGGUUCCGAAUACUCCUCAUUGGUAUCUGCAUUAGAUCCACUCAACAGUUCUCACGCCGAGAUCUUAUCUACAAUCAAGCGUAGACUGCGCACCGAGACUUUUACCUCGGAUUAUAUUCUCGAGAUUAUCAGCAAUCAUCCGGAACUUGUCCGUUCAUUAUACGCCUCAUUUGCAAACACACAUCUUACCCUUGCUCCUGGAUUCAGCGAGGAUUCGAUUCCACCCUCACCAUCAGGAGACGUUCUCAACGAUAGAGAACUCAAAGAGCUAAUCUCGAGGACCGUGAGCAAUGAGCACGAAGACAUGGUUAUGACUGCAUUCCGUAUCUUCAAUAAUUCGCUCUUGAAGACCAAUUUUUACACGCCUACCAAGGUUGCUUUGAGCUUCCGUCUUGAUCCUUCAUUCCUCCCUGAGAUCGAGUACCCUCAGCCAUUGUAUGGCAUGUUUUUGGUAAUUACAUCCGAGUCACGCGGAUUCCACCUUCGAUUUAGAGACAUCGCUAGAGGAGGCAUUCGAAUUGUCAAAUCCCGAAAUCGUGAGGCAUACUCGAUCAAUGCUCGGUCUAUGUUCGACGAGAAUUAUGGUCUAGCCAACACCCAACAACGCAAGAACAAGGAUAUUCCCGAAGGUGGCUCCAAGGGAGUUAUUCUUUUAGAUGCCAAUCAGCAAGAUAAAGCCAGCGUAGCGUUCGAGAAGUACAUUGAUAGUAUCAUGGACCUUCUCCUACCGCCUUCGUCCCCGGGUAUCAAGAAUCCUAUCGUUGAUCUUUAUGGCAAGGAAGAAAUUCUUUUCAUGGGUCCCGAUGAGAACACUGCUGAUCUUGUCGACUGGGCUACGGAGCACGCUCGGAAGCGUAAUGCUCCGUGGUGGAAAUCAUUCUUCACUGGGAAGUCUCCUAAGUUGGGAGGUAUACCACACGAUAGUUAUGGUAUGACAUCUCUUGGUGUAAUUGUCGAUCCACAAGGUCUCAACAUUGAUGAACUCAAGCGCUUGGCCACGAAGCGUGCUAUGAUCUCGGAUGUCAAUAAGCUUAUCAAGGAUGGAAAGUCGACCAUUCCGUACAUCGUCGAAGGCGCCAACCUUUUCAUUACCCAAGAUGCCAAGCUACGAUUGGAAGAAGCCGGAUGCAUUCUUUUCAAGGAUGCUUCUGCAAACAAGGGUGGUGUGACAUCUUCAUCCCUAGAAGUCCUUGCAUCCCUGAGUUUCGAUGAUGAAGGUUUCGUGGAAAACAUGUGUGUAGGAAAUAAUGGCCAAGCUCCUCAAUUCUACAAAGAAUAUGUGAAGGAAGUACAAGAAACCAUCAAGAUGAAUGCCGAGCUCGAGUUUGAGGCUAUUUGGAGAGAACAUGAACAGACGGGCAUUCCACGGAGCACAUUGAGUGACACUAUUAGUGUGGCCAUCACUAAACUUGAUGAAGAACUUCAAACAUCUGACUUAUGGCGAGAUGCAAAGUUGAGAAAAUCGGUGUUACUUGAUGCUUUGCCACAAUUGUUAUUGUCCAAGAUUGGUCUUGACACAAUUAUGCAAAGAGUGCCCGAAAACUAUCUCCGUGCAAUCUUCGGUAGCUUUCUUGCAAGCCGAUUCGUUUAUGAGGUCGGCAGUUCGCCGGGUCAAUUCGCUUUCUUUGACUUCAUGUCGAAGAGAUUGGCCAAUGUUCGCCCUAGGUCUCCGUCUUUGUAA